UCCCCCUGGGACUUCGUACGUUUUCCGCUCCCGCAGGUGUCUGGCGUGAUACAUACCGCAGUCACGUGGAGGGAAAGCGAAGCGCUCGCCACGUGACGCACGUGGACGUGGACAUUGGUUCGACGAACGUGAGGGUAGAUUGCACUCGCGUUGCCGGACGGUGUCGAUCGAUCGCGUGGAGGAGAUAGGAGAGGGAGGGGAGGAGUGAUGAGGAGGGGAGACAAGGCGCCGUGGGAGAUGACAAGGCUGUGGAAGGGAAGAGUCAGGGCAGCACACAGAGAGAGGGAGUCAGAGCAAACCACGGGGAGAACAGGUGGUAGCGGGAGCUAACGGGUGUGUGUGUGUGUGUGUGUGUGUGUGUGUGUGUGUGUGUGUGUGUGUGAGAGAGAGAGAGAGAGAGAGAGAGGGCUGCGGGUUCGCGGGAGAGGAAGAGAUUGAGCCUAAGCAGGCGAGAAGUUGAGGGGAACGAACAAGAGAGAGAGAGAGAGAGAGAGAGAGAGAGAGAGAGAGAGAGAGAGAGAGAGAGAGGGCGCAUACAAAGAGGUCGGCUGUGGGUUAGCAGGAGAGACAGAGAUUAAAGAAGUUGACAGAGAAGCGAACAAAAGAGAGAGAGAGAGAGAGAGAGAGAGAGAGAGAGAGAGAGAGAGAGAGAGAGAGAGAAUAGCCUAUCUGUGCAUACAAGAGAGAGACAGAGGGUCUGAGGAUUGGCUGUGUGUGCGUGCGAGGGAGAAGGAGAAGGUCGAAGGAUCGACGGCAGGGGGUUGUUUUCGUCGUUUGCUUCAGCUCUCUUUGUCAAACAUAACCGGCAAGAAAUCGCCUCCCUUCCUCCCCCUCCCCCCCCCCCCCCNCCCCCCCCCCCCCCCCCCCUCUCUCUGAACCGGGGGAUGCGAGUUGGAAGUCAUGGGUGAUCUUUCUGCAGUCGCCAUUCCCCGCCACGUACGGAAGCGUCAAGAAGAACAGGAUACUGGUGCCUCUCAGGGUGCGCAAGCUUUCCACGGGGGGGGUGUCGUCGAGACGGAGGACUCGGAGACCACAUCGUCGCUUUUCUCACAGCUGAGCAGCUCAGGAGUGGAAGAAUGCCGCUCGGGCCUCCGCUCGCUUCCCGACGAUCUCUUUGUCGGCAUUCUCCAGAGCGUUGUCAACGAAGCCGGCAAUUGCUCGAAAGCCGUCGCUGAGUGCGUGACAGUGUGCAGGUGGUUCUCCGGCUUAGUGCGGCAAAUCCCUUCGCUAAGCUUCUCGGAGGAACCUAUCAUUACAGCCUCCGCCGCCUCCGCCGCCGUCGCCGCCGCCGCCGAUGUCGCUCUCAAUUCCUUGGCCGUCGAUGGCACCGGUGCUGUCGUCGACGACGGCGACGAUUUCAUGGGCGACGUCGCGAUGACUGUGCUCAACAUGGAGCGCCUUCGCGCUCUGCACAUCCAGGAGUCGGGAUCCCAUCCGCCGCGAAUCUUUGGGCAUUCCAUGCUGGAGCAGAUUCUCUGCCACGUGGGCGAAUCUUUGGAAGAGUUGGUGCUAGGUGGCUCCGCCUCCUCUCCCGUGCAUGUCGCCUUCUUCCCCAUCGCGGUGGUCGUGCGCUACUGCCCCCGCCUGCGCAAGCUGUCGCUUUCCGCGGCUAAUCUGUACGUCGAGGGGGUGUCGCUGGGAGAGGAGGUGACUAGGAUGGCGCUUUCCAGCAACGGUGUACGGACGGACACGUGGGAGGAGUACUCCCGCUCGGACUCGUUGAUGUCCCUGGUUGGUGGUCCCGUCAGGAACCCAAGCGCCGCCACUCUCAAGCAUCUGGAAUUGACCGGCAUGCUGUGCGACAUCGGCUUCGAGAAUCCCGAUAAACCUCUGCCGUGCUUCCAGGUGUUGUUCUCGUUGUUUCCUAAUUUGGAAACUCUGUCGGUUUGCUUUUCGAGGCACGUGACGGUCGGGAUAGCCUGCGUGGAAGUGACGACGCUGCCUCGAUUGCGCUCGCUGAAGGUCUCCGCCCCGCGGCCGUCCCCAGUACGCGGGGGAGGGAUGGGAUUCUCAUUCUUGGCGUCGUUGUUGCUGAAGGGCGCGCCGCUGCUCUCCACGGUGGAAAUCGACGGCGUGUAUUCGCUGUCAAUCAAGGGCAAGUCGAAAAUAGAGCGACUGGUGAUGGAGGCCGUUCCGGAUAUCGACGUGGAAGGCGGGCCACGUGUCGUCCUGGGAGAGAACGUCAGCGUGGAAUCUCUCGUUGUAUCGGGGAUGAAGACGCGAGAGGGAGGGAGCUGUCUCUGCCGUGCGUUCGAUCAAGAGUACGGAUGGACUUGGGAGAGGUUGAGGGAUCUUCUAAAUAGCAAGGUCUUGUCUGCCAACGGUACUUCUACUUCUACUAGCAAUGGUGGUACCAGCGGGGAUUGCGGUAGUGGCGGAGGUGGAGUCUGCUCCCCCUCCCCCUCCCCCUCCCCCUCCUCUUGUCCUGCUGCGCGCUCGUCGGCGGGAUUGCGAACGUUGGUGUUGCGAGAUCUUCCCAUUUGCGCGUCUGCCCCUGCUGUUCUACCUGUUGCGCGCGCGGAGUUGGUCGACGCCUUGAUAUUGACGGGGGGAGAUCUGAAUUUCGCUUCCCAUGCGACUAGCACUCUCUCCAUCAGCCGCUCGUUGAAGACUCUGCGCCGCUUAGAGCUUCACGGGUUCUCCCUCAUCAGCUUCUUGAUUCGACGUCUUCCUCCCCGACCUUCGGCUUCGUCUUCGUCUCUUUCGUCCUUGUCCCCGCCUUCGUUGAGAGAGUGGGGAGCGUCGCUGCCCUCAGAGGAAGCAUCAUCAGCAGCAGCAGCAGCGGAAGCAGCGGGUGACGGCGGCGGCGCGGGGGGCGAGGGGGGCGCCGGGGGCGAGGGCGAGGGCGGUUAUCUGAGGGAGGACCGUCUUGGCGGGUCUGCUGGAGGGUACUCGAUGGUGUUCGAUCGGGAUGCUCAUCGAGAGGUUGCCUUUCGAGCUCCUUUCAUGACCAGCGCUCUCUUCGAUGUCGAGGGCAGCGAUGCCCUCCUUCGCUGGGUGGGACCCCGACUUGUCCCGUUCUUGGCCGAGAUCCUCAUCGGCUGCCCGAUGCUCACCGACCUUACUGUUCGGAUCGACCACUCCAAGGCGACAAUGAAGAGCACGACGACCAUCGUCGAUUGGGAGGCAACGGCGGGCAUCAAUGGCGCCGGCGGUGGAGGUGGAGGUGGUGCGCUCUCCUCUGCCGAACGCCAAACUGGCCUCGACAUUCUUCUCCAGGGUGUGAACCGCUUGAAGAAGAAGUACGGGGACAAGGUGCUCAGGGUUGUGCAGGUCGACGCUGUCAAGUCGAAAGAGACCGUCGGAGUGUGAAAAGAAGUGUAGGGAGGGAGGGGUUAAGAAAAAGGAGGGGAGGAGCUGCUCAGGAGCACUUUUUUCUUACCCUUGUCUUCGAUUCGAUUCGAUUCGAUUCGAUUUGGUUGUAAAUUGUAUUUGUCCUCCUCCUCUGCCGUGCUCGGUGAUCAGAAGUACGACGGGGACAAGCAAGAGGUGCUCAUGGUUGUGCAGGUCGACGCUAUCAAAUCGCGCAAGUGCCCGUCGGUGUGAAGAGUGGAGGUGGAGGUGGAGGUGGAGAAAGGAAGGAAGGGGUUAAAAAAAAGAAAGUGGGAGGAGCAAUUUCUUUACCCUUGUCUUCGAUUCGAUUUGGUUGGAACUGUCCUCCUCUGCGGUGCUCGAUAAUCAUGAUGGUGAUGGGUCCUGCCGCCUGCCCUGAUGAAAAAGACGAGAUUCUGUGUGCCAUCCUAUCAUUCCUGUGGUGUACUGACAUGACAUGGUCGCCCUUUACAUGGCGCGCUAUGGGUGCUUUGUGCGGGAGGCAGAUGAUUGUUUCUCCGGUUCUUCUUUCGUUUUCCUGCCUGCUACAGAAACAAGGGGGGAGAGUAGUUUGGAAGUGGCAAGGGAAACACAGACUCUGAGCCAGAUCAGAUUUCUAUAUUACUCGUUAAUUUUCGAAGAGCUCUUGUUCAUGGGGAUGAACAUUCUGUCGUAGCCCAUGUAAAAAGGAGUUUAUCGUUGGUCGAGGGGCAGUGGAAUGGAGAAGGAUUUUUUGUGGGAGGCGACAACGAAUGACUCGUCAGUCAUGGGAAGAGGCAUGUACGCGGCGUGGCAGAGAGAGGGAGUUAGUAUGGGUGGGAGAAGAAGAAGAAGAAGAAGAAGAAGGAGAAGAAGAAGUGGAGUGCAUCUCCACGAGCCGAUCCCAGAACACGCGACCUCCCAUAUGAGAGUUGGUUGCACGCUCAACGGACCGCCUGGGUGGGCGUAGAAGAAGAAGAACACACUGUCGUCGGGUCUGUCGUCGGGUCGUUGUUUCCUUGAGAAGAAACUGCAUCGAAGAAACUCAUGCUUACGUCUCGCUUAGCCCGUAUAAUACGUAGUCAAAGUCAAAGGUGCGACUGGGUUGACUUUGACAUUGCGCAUCGGGAAAGGAAGACGACAAGGGGAGUAUAAAACGAAGGGGGAGGAGAGGAAGAGACGGCAAAGGAUGAGGAGGAGAUAAAGGAGGGGCUAAGCAGUGACGAAUUAGGGGAGGUAAGGAGGAAGAGGAGAUGGGAGGAGAGGGAGAGGGAGGAGCAUAAAGAGGAGGAAAGGAGGAAGACGAGAGGGAGGAGAGGGAGGAGCAUAAAGAGGACGACGAGACAGGGGAAGCGAAGGACGAGGCGAAGGAGGAGGAGGUGGAGGAGGAGGUGGAGCACAAGGAGGUGGAAAGAGGAGGAGAAGAUGGAGUGGUUAAGGAGGGCCCAAUGAGGGGAGGAAGAUGGCUGAGGAGAAUAUGUUGCUGGGCCGCAGAGUGGUUUGAAGAAUUCAAUGUAUUUCUGUGAGGAAAACGAAAAACGGGGGGGGGAGGGGGGGGAAAGAGGAAGAGGAGGGAUCGAUAGGAAUAAGGAGGAGGAGAACAGAGCUGUUGGCUGGUUGUGGGCACUGUGAGAGAUAGGGGAAGAAGGGGAGCAGGACGAGAAGAAAUAGUUCAGGAAAAAUUUUCCGCUCAGAUAUUUUUCGCUAAGCUCGAGGGUCGAAGGCGGUGUACGAAAAAUUCUGAACUUGUGUGAAGUCGAAGAACUUCAAGAAGGAAGAAGAAGACAACGAAGACGAAGAAGAGGAAAAAAUCACAAGCCGUUAGCAACACUUGCUC